CUAAGAAGCAAGGACCCAAGUCCAUGUCAGACAGCUGGAGUUUUGGAUCCUACAACUACAAGGUCUACCUUUGAGAAGAUACACUUUCCCCUUUCUGUUUUCUAUUUAGACUUCAGCUAGUGAAUUGGCAGUUUUUAGUACAAGAUGGAGUCAACAAGAACUAGGCCACAGCAGCUGAUUCUGGUUAAAAUCUUUUUCUCUGGUAUCUUUCUUUGUACCUCUUGCAAUCGGACCGUUGGUGCUGAACCUACUGAUAUCGGAAAGAUCGCAGAUCGCUCAAUGGCGGGAUUUCCUGACAAAUAUUCUACAUCUUCAACUCCAGAUAAUAAAGGGCCUGAAACAGAUUCUUCAUUUUUGGACCCAAUAAAACAUACAGCUCUUCAUUCUUCACUGGAGACAUCCACAUCGGAUCCUGUUCCCUGGGAUGGCAACAUGACUACAGCUGCUCCAUUUCAAGGCCGAUGUGUCAACAUGACAUACCCCAAAGAUCUUUUUUCUAUUGAGGAUCGCAGACGAGGAUGGGUGGUCCUUCAUGUCUUUGGGAUCAUCUAUGUUUUUGUGUCACUUUUAACCGUGUGUGAUCAGUUCUUUGUUCCUUCGCUGGGGGUCAUCAUGGAAACGUUGGCCAUCUCAGAUGAUGUUGUUGGAGCCAGCUUCAUGGCUGUAGGACUAUCCUUACCAUGGUUCUGCGUCAAGCUAAUCCAAGUUGUCUCUGGUCACAACUUAAUUCUGGCCUUUGACUCAGUUAUUGGCUCAGCAGCUUUCAGAAUGUUGUUUGUGAUUGGAACAUGUGCUUUGUUUUCCGGGAAGGUUCUCCCUCUAGCCCGCUGGCCAUUCUUCAGAGAUUUAUCAUUCUACGUGCUUGGUCUGAUUCUACUGAUCCAGUUCUUCUUGGAUAGUGUUGUGAUGUGGUGGGAAAACGUGAUUCUGGUGACUUUUUAUGCUCUCUAUGUUAUCUUUCUGAAAUAUAACGCACAAGCUGAGCAAAUGUUGAAGACCCGGUUCCAGAAAAACAAAAGGGGGGUGACAGUUUCAUUUGUGACGGAAGGUGAAAAGGUGGCUAUUCCUGCUGUCGAGGAAGAUGCACAAGGCCCUGUAGACUGUGAUGAAGGAGGCGGUAAUGAAGACAAUAGUGGCAGCAAUGACACAAAGCUUGUUCAGAGCAAGCUGCUCGAAGACGCUGAGCCCCUGUCUUUGCGCUGGCCUGACACACGGCAGAAACAAGCCACUUACGUCUUCCUGUUGCCAGUCAUUCUCCCUCUGUGGCUCACAGUUCCCGAUGUUCGCAACCAGAAAGCCAGAAAACUCUUUGUGGUGACCUACCUAGUUUCCAUUGUGUGGAUCGGUGUCUUCUGCUACCUCGUGAUGUGGUGGGCUCACCAGGUGUUUGAGACAUUUGGUGUCGCGGGUCCAAUACAAUUUCUGGUAGCAGUGAUGUCCAGCCCUGAUCUCAUAACUAGUGUAAUAGUGGCUCAGAAAGGCCUGGGAGACAUGGCUGUGUCCAGUAAUGUGAGCAGUAACAUCUUUAACAUCAUUGCAAGUCUACCAAUAGAAUCGCUCCUCUACUCGUUCAUCCAUGGUUUCCUCCCUGUGGCCGUCAGAACCGAUGGCCUCCUCUGUGCCACCGUCCUCCUCUUCGUCAUGCUCCUCGCCGUUGUCAUCUCCAUUAUUUCAUUGAAGUGGAAGAUGAAGAAACUCUUUGGCCUUACCUUGGUCUUUUUCUAUGGUGUUUUUGUGGUCAUAAGUGUUAUGAUGACUAUUGCAGCCAUCAAAUGCCCUAUGUAGAAAAACCUUGAAAAAUGUUUAUGUAUUUUUAAGAUGCUUCUGUAUAAAACUAAUCCAAUGUUACAUCUGCUGAGGUUUUAAAGAAGGAAGUCCAAAAGAUUUUUUUUCUAAUGGUCUGCGUGACAAUAUUUAUAAUAUAUUUAUAUAAUUUGACCAGUUGAUGUGCCUGCUGAGUACACUUCAUAAACAUAUGUAUUCCUGAUUAGGGCUGGACAAUAUUUCAAUAACGAUA